AUGUACAGUCGUAUGUUUCGUAUUCCUGAUUGACGGAAAGUAGCUGGACUCCCUGCGCUCCAUCCAACAGCUUCACUAAAGCUCGCGUUUGAACCGGAGAUGGACGCGCGUAAAUCAGAACGUGAGGGGCUAGACACCGUCACGAGCGCUAGCCCAUCCCGUCCCGUCGCCUCGAGCAGCAGCCUACCGGAGCAGGAGCACGCGGCACAAAAAUAGAAGGCACGGGCCCUCCGACUCUGCCGCCCGUCCGCGUGGCACGGUGAGACGUUACACGGCGCAAUCUGGAACCGAAUUAGCCCACGGAUAUCCGAACGCGCGGAGGAAUAACACGAGGCUGCAGAAAUGGAGCUGGAGCAUUUCGACGAACGGGACAAGGCGCAGAGGUACAACCGCGGGAGCGCACGGGCGAACGGGCUCCCGAGCCCCACGCACAGCGCCCACUGCAGCCUGUACCGGACCCGCACACUGCGAGCCCUGAGCUCGGAGAAGAAAGCCAAGAAGGUGCGCUUCUACCGGAACGGGGACCGCUACUUCAGGGGAAUCACGUAUGCCGUCUCCCCGGACCGAUUCCGGUCGCUCGAGGCGCUCCUCGCAGACCUCACGCGCUCCUUAUCCGACAACGUGCACUUGCCCCAAGGCGUGCGCACCAUAUAUUCCGUCGAUGGAUCCAGAAAGAUCACGAGCAUGGACCAACUGGAGGAAGGUGAGAGCUACGUGUGUGGCUCCAUAGAGCCCUACAAGAAACUGGACUACACCAAGAACGUCAGCCCCAACUGGUCAGUCAAUGUGAAGACCACCGUGUCUUCGCGGAUGCCCACUUCACUGGCCAGCGCCAAGGCCAGCUCACUGGAUGCCAAGGAUAACAAGGACUUCAUCCGGCCCAAGCUGGUGACGGUCAUCCGAAGCGGGGUCAAGCCCCGGAAAGCCGUGCGCAUUCUCCUCAACAAGAAGACGGCGCACACGUUCGAGCAGGUCCUCAGUGACAUCACCGACGCCAUCAAGCUGGACACGGGAGCUGUGAAGAAGCUCUACACGGUUGACGGCAAGCAGGUGACAUGUCUUCAGGACUUCUUCGGUGAAGAUGACAUUUUCAUCGCCUGCGGACCGGAAAAGUUCCGCUACCAGGAUGACUUCCUGCUGGAUGAGAGUGAAUGCAGGGUGGUGAAAUCGCAGUCCUACGGUAGGAUCUCCUCCAUGCAGGGCCGAUGGUCCCCGCGGGGGGGUGCGUCUUGCAGGAGUAAGUCCCCCGCCUCCAACAGCUCAGCCAAUGGAACUGCCGGCAGUCAGCUGUCCACACCGCGUUCAGGAAAGUCCCCGAGUCCGUCCCCCACCAGCCCAGCGAGCCUGAGGAGACGGAGUUCUCAACACAGUGGUUCUUCUCUUUCUCUGGCCUCCACUAAAGUCUGCAGCUCCAUGGACGAGGGGGAUGGUCCAGGCAGUGAAGCUGAGGCGGUGGAGGAUGGCUCUCAGGUGCCCGCCGCGAUAGCCGAGAGGUACAAGGUGGGCAGGACCAUUGGAGAUGGCAACUUCGCGGUGGUGCGCGAGUGCGUGGAGCGAUCCUCCAGCCGAGAAUACGCCCUCAAGGUCAUCAACAAGGCCAAAUGCCGCGGGAAGGAGCACAUGAUCCAAAACGAGGUGUCCAUUUUGAGGAAGGUGAAACAUCCCAACAUUGUCCUACUGAUUGAGGAGAUGGACACUUUGCACGAGCUCUACCUGGUCAUGGAGCUGGUGAAGGGCGGAGACCUCUUCGACGCCAUCACGUCCACCAACGAAUACACGGAGCGGGACGCCAGCGGGAUGCUCUUUAACCUGGCCAGCGCCAUCAAGUACCUGCACGGCCUGAACAUAGUGCACCGGGACAUCAAACCAGAGAACCUACUCGUCUACGAGCACCAGGACGGCAGCAGGUCUCUCAAGCUGGGGGAUUUCGGCUUGGCCACUGUGGUCAGCGGGCCUCUGUACACUGUGUGCGGCACCCCAACGUACGUGGCUCCGGAAAUGAUCACGGAGGCGGGAUAUGGCCUUCAGGUUGACAUCUGGGCGGCUGGUGUCAUUACAUACAUACUGCUGUGUGGGUUUCCUCCAUUCCGUGGGAGUGCUAAUGACCAGGAGGUGCUGUUUGACCAGAUUCUCACGGGCCAACUAGACUUCCCUCUUCCAUACUGGGAAAAUGUCUCAGACACAGCAAAGGAGCUGAUUACCUGUAUGCUGCAGGUGGAGGUGAACCAGAGAUACACAGCCCUGCAGGUGCUGGAGCAUCCGUGGGUCAACGACGAUGGCGGGCCAGAGAUCGAGCACCAGCUGUGUGUGGCUGGGAAGAUCAGGAAGCACUUUAACCCCAGCCCCAGGGCCAGCAGUACGGCCGCCGGCGUGUCUGUGAUCACGGCCACCGCUCUUGAUAAGGAGAGGCAAGUUCUCAGACGAGGACGCCACCAGGAUGUGAGGUCCGUCCCGCCGCAGGGCGCCUUUCCCCCCGGCACGGCGGCGUGUGCGACCACGGCACUUCAGUCCCCUGCAGAGUUCACCUCCGAGUCUGAUGACCUCUCCCCCAGCUCCGGCGAGACCGUCCGCUCCCCGACGUCGCCAUUUUAACACACACCCCCGGCCCGAGCUCCUCCUCUGAUGUCCUAGAUUAUAGA